AUGAAGUCUAAACAUUGCUUUCUAGGCUUCCUCAUAAAUUUCCUCCUGACUGGCGUAGUAGAAACUCAGCCAGCCCAGGAAUCUCUGAAGCCCCAGAGGGUACAUUUUCUGUCCAGGAAUUUUCACAAUAUUUUGCACUGGCAGCCAGGGAAGGUGCUUACAGGCAACCGCAACAUCUAUUUUGUGCAGUACAAAACAUAUGGACAGAGACAAUGGACAAAUAAAGAGGACUGCUGGGGUAUUCAAGAACUCUUUUGUGACCUUACCAAUGAAACCUUGGACAUACAAGAACCUUAUUACGGGAGGGUGAGAGCAGCCGCAGCUGAGAUCCAUUCCACCUGGAGCAUUACUCCACGGUUUAUUCCCUGGUUUGAAACUAAAAUGGAUCCUCCAGUCUUGAAUAUAACACAAGUUGGUAGAUAUUUGUUGGUGAGUCUCCGUGCUCCAAAUUUACCAUACAGAGACCAAAAAGGGAGAAAUUUAUCGAUGGAAAAUUACUAUGAAUUAGUAUACCGAGUGUUUAUAAUUAACAACUCACUAGAAAAGGAGCAAAAGGUAUAUGAAGGACCUCACAGAGUUGUUGAAAUUGAAGGUCUAACACCUCGCUCUGGCUAUUGCAUAAUGGCUGAAAUAUAUCAACCCAUGUUAGACAGGAGAAGUCAGAGAAGUGAAGAAAGAUGCGUGGAAAUUCUGUGAAAUGGUAUUAGGUUCUCCUCAAUGCGUAAAUCGAGAGCUG